UUGUUUAUUCGAACAAAGGCAUUUAGGCUAAGCAGCCCAACACUAUCAUUCUUAGAUGUGCCCGAGUGCAGCUUCAUCAAGAACGGGAGAAAGAUUGCUGCUUUUGUCCCUAAAAUGAUGAUUGAUGAGGUGUUGAUAUUCCCGGUGUUAGUGGUGAAGUGUUUGGGGUUUCUCUGCUGGCCCUCUUCAAGGAGAAGAAGGAAAAGCCUAGAUCUUAGCGGGUGGCAAAUCCCGUCCCUCAUCUUCCUCGAUCGACGAGAUAGCAGCAGUCGACCGUGUAGCAGGUUCCGUCCGCCAUCGCACCUGAGGUCACGUCACCCUCCGUCGGGGAAUUAUCAAUCCACGCCGGGAGUCGAGAAGGAGCCGUGGCGAGCAGCGAGUUCCGUCGAUCCUCCUCAGCCGCUCGACUUUGUCCAGCGAGUAGCAAUCCUGUCCGAUCCGACCUUCGCCGUCGCGCCUGUUCCGGUCACCGGCCACCGGCGACAAGAAGCAGCAAAUAGCAGCUCGGGCCAAUGA